AUGUAUCAACCACAGUAUGGUGUGCCUCAGCAAGGCAUGCAACAAGUUCCCUAUGGCAUGCCUGGCAUUCAGGCCGCCGCAAUGGCCGCCACAGCCGCCGCCUCUGGCUCAAGUUACCCCUACAUGCAUUCGGAUCCCAGCAUGCCUCAAACCUCACCACGAAUGGCCGACGGCUCCAAGAAGGACAGCCGCCAAUCGCCAAGAAUGAAUAACAUGUCGCAAAUGCCUCGAAGGAUGAGCCAGGUCACAAGUCCGGGUAUGCCCAAUGCCCAAGCCAUGAUGAACCACGCCGCCGGAAGACCGGUUGCGCCGCCGCAAAUACCCCCUGGGCAGGCGAUGCCACAUCCUCAAUCGCCCGAGAUGCCUGCUGGCGGUGCUGAAGAGUCGCCUCUCUACGUCAACGCGAAGCAGUUUCACCGAAUCCUGAAGCGCAGAGUUGCUCGUCAACGGUUAGAGGAGCAACUACGGCUAACGUCCAAGGGCCGCAAGCCGUACCUCCACGAAUCGCGUCAUAACCAUGCCAUGCGACGGCCACGUGGCCCCGGCGGCCGCUUCCUGACGGCUGAAGAGGUAGCCGCCAUGGAGCGACAGACCAAGGGAGAAGAGGGAGGCAAGGCCGAAGGUGGCGACAAUGCCGGCGACAAGCCGACCGACUCCGUGGGAGGCAAGCGCAAGUCUGAAGCUGAGGCCCGAUCGCCCAACAAGAAAUCCAAGACGGACACGCAAAGUUCAGAGGGAGACGGAGGGGAAGAUGACAGUUGA